GUGUUCGCAUCGGGAUUUCGCAAAUCGAGAAGAAAUGCUACGCCGGAUAUUUCUGAUCCUUUUUCUGGCCUACGAAGUGAGGGGAGCCUGCGAUCGAGUGCCUCAAGGCGCUAAUGGUGAACGAUCCGCGGUAGAUGACAAUUUUCAGAUUCUUAUUGAUGGCAAUCCAGAAACCUACAUUCCAGAUCAUCAGUACAAUGUUUCGUUAUCCUGUCCAAUAAAUUUGAAAUUCCUCAGCUUCACUCUGGUCAUAGAGAGCGAGGAUCCAUCUCUUAGUUUAAGUGGCGUGGAUACGACUGGUCACUUUGAGCUUUUUAGCACAACGGACACUAGGUUUGCCUCAGGUUGUGAGAAUAUGGUGGAGAGUACCAACACAAACGCCAAGAACAGCAUUAAGGUGUCCUGGGUGGCACCACGUCAUUCCGAAAGUGGGUGCGUGUUGAUCAAGGCCGGCAUUGUCCAACAUCGCGAUGUUUGGUUUAUCGACGAUGGGUUCUUGACCAAGCGGAUUUGUCCCGAAGAGAUCGAUGAGCUUAACAUCUUGACGCCACCUCUGGAAACCUGCUGUGCUUGUGAUGAGGCCAAGUAUGAGAUCGUUCUAGAACGAAAAUGGAACAGGAAUACUCACGCCAAAUACUUUCCCGCCGAGGCUUGGAGGACCCGAUUCGGUGAAGUAAUUGGAGCUUCUCAUAGCAACAGCUAUCGGUACUGGGCCUACGGAGGACGAGCUAGUCAGGGAGUGCAGGAAAUGGCCGAGCACGGCUCCACCAAGACCCUGGAAAACGAAAUUAGAGAAAACACGCAGAAUGGCAAUGUACGCACUUUAAUAAAAGCUCCUGGAAUAUCUCAUCGGUUGAACGUCUGGGGCACUACCCUGGCCAAUGCACGAGUAGAUCCUAUUCACCAUCAGAUUUCGCUGGCCACCAAGGUAGACCCUUCACCAGAUUGGAUAUUGGGGGUAGCUGGUCUAGAGCUUUGUCUGAGCAACUGUACCUGGCUGGAACGAAAGGUAUUGAACCUUUUUCCCUGGGAUAUCGGCACUGAUUCAGGACCAUCCUACAUGUCACCGGAUCAGCCUCAGAUUCCUCCGGAUGUGAUACGCCGCAUAACCUCCUCAUAUCCCAGUGACUAUCGUUCCCCGUUUUAUGAUCCAUCAGGUGUUCCAUUAAAGCCACUAGCCACUCUUUACUUAACCAGAAAAAAGCUUUACAUUCGGGAAUGUGAUGAAGUUGCCCAGGAAGGACCCUUGGAGUGUGCUGUGCAUCCCUGGAACGAAUGGACACAGUGCAGUACACGCUGUGGUGCGGGGCUUUCGCAGCGCCAACGCAGUUACAAGAAUCCCAGCCUUGCAGCCAACUACAACUGCAAGACUCGACUGGAAGAGACUCGCCAAUGCCAGGGAACACAAUGCGGUCGAAUGGAUGAGGAACUGCCUGAUGAAGAUUCCGCAAAAGACAUGGAAAGCCCUCUGGGAGGCGGUUCAUCUGCAGAGUGCCAAAUCAACAGAUGGACUCAAUGGUCACCGUGCUCCAAAACCUGCGGCAGGGGGAUUUCCACUCGCACCCGCGACUUCUAUAAUCCUCAAGCCAGGCAGAGGUGUAUGUCCGUGAUGCGACUGCCACUGGAAGAAACCAGAGAAUGUGUGGGGCCCAACUGUGGUGGCACAAUUCCCGAUGUUGGUGAAAUGGACGGCCUUCCUGAAGCGGAUCCUUUCGGCGAAGCAGAGCAGAAUGGCUUAGACCCUCGGAGACCGACAUGGAUCAACCGGCAGGAUAAUGCCAAUCCGUCAUCUGGUAUUCAAACCUGGAACAGAAAGGGGUUCAACUCGAACUUGAACAAUAUCAAUAGACCGCCAUUCGAUAUAGGGGAUAACUCGGAAGACAAUCAGGAUAGAAACUCUUUUAAUAGCCCACCUAGCAAUAGAGGGUAUGAUUCCAAUCGGAGACAGCCUCUGGACUCUGGAUUCUCCCCCUCUAAUAGCUACACAAAUGACCAAUUAGUAGGGAACCGCCCGGGAUAUGGCAACAAUGAUUACUCCCCGCCCAAUUUAAGAUCCGAGUUUAGUACCCAAUCUCCUGAUGGAGGACGUUCUUUCAGUAACCAACAAAACUUCGAAGACAACAACAGCGAAGGCAAUGAUAGCUUCAAUGUUGUGCAGGACUACUGCUUUCAAAAGCCAUACGACUAUGAACAUCCUUGCUUUGCCCAUCCUUUGGUGGUAAGCAACUACUGGUUUUAUGAUAGCGAUGACCGCGAAUGCAAGAUCUUCACGACCGAUAACUGCGACGAGAACAAGAACCGCUUUCGAACUUUGAUGGCCUGUGAGGGGACCUGUUUGCAUCCUCACAACAACAUGGAGCCCACGGAAAACAAUCAGAUGCACGAUUAUGGGGAAAGAAUUUACAGUCAGACAGCAGGAGGAUGGAGAGGGCCCAAUAGCCAACCCAUGGGAUUAUCGUACAAUUCAAGAGUAUCCUCUAAUAUUAAUAAUCGAUUUAGUGAGGGCGGAGUAGAAUCCUACAGCCAAACAAAAGAAUCGAACUACAGACCCAGAUUCUCAGAAACACCAAAGACCUCAUCCCAUUUUGGAACUCGAUUUGGCGAAGGAGAAGGUGAAUCCUUUAGCCAAAUCAGGGAACCCACCUACAGAUCCAGAUAUCCGGAUUCGCCAAGAGAGUCCUUUGACCAGAGAGGAGAUUACAGACCCGAGGAAAUAGCAGGAAAUAUUGAAGAUCCCAUGACGCAAACGAGGAACAAAUAUGACUCACAGAGAAGAGGUCGGUAUGGUGGCUAA